GUGUACUUGUGCACACGGGGCAGUGUGUGAGUCCUGUGUGCCACGUUUCACUAAAUGACGUAAUCCCUGUGAGGGCUGACAGUUCGCUGCUGCAUUAACGUUAACGACACACCGACACACCGACACGCUCAGAGAGAACCGGCCUGUUUAGACACAUCUGCUCUGUUUGUUCUCGUUAGUUUUACGACUGUAGAGACUGUCCACCGCCGUCUGUUUUUAAGAUACCGGCCCCUCCGUUAUUUCUGACUCGGCAAACCACCUGGCUAAUGUUAGCUGUUUCCUGGUCGGAGCUGCAGCCAUUUUGGGUUUUUACUGAGACACAAGUAGCCGGCCGCGGUUUGGGGAGCAGAGAAAGCUAAGGCAUAUUCAUCACUAAACAGCUCUGCGUAUCUGAUUAAAAAGAGACAUUUUUCGAGAGGGGACAGAUCAAACAUCGAGUCAACAAUGAAUCCAGAAUAUGACUAUUUAUUCAAGCUGCUCCUGAUUGGUGAUUCUGGUGUUGGAAAGUCUUGCCUUCUUCUCCGAUUCGCAGAUGACACAUACACAGAAAGUUACAUUAGCACUAUUGGUGUGGACUUCAAAAUACGAACCAUAGAACUGGAUGGAAAGACCAUUAAACUUCAGAUUUGGGAUACAGCGGGUCAGGAGAGAUUUCGUACAAUCACAUCCAGCUACUACAGAGGUGCUCAUGGUAUCAUUGUAGUGUACGAUGUCACAGACCAGGAGUCCUUCAACAAUGUCAAACAGUGGCUACAGGAGAUUGAUCGCUAUGCCAGUGAAAAUGUCAACAAGCUAUUGGUCGGGAACAAGUGUGACCUGACGACAAAGAAAGUGGUAGAUUACACAACAGCAAAGGAGUUUGCAGACUCUCUGGGUAUCCCCUUUUUGGAAACCAGCGCCAAGAACGCCACCAAUGUGGAGCAGGCCUUCAUGACAAUGGCUGCUGAAAUCAAGAAGAGGAUGGGGCCUGGGGCCACAGCUGGAGGAGGGGAGAAGCCCAACGUGAAGCUUACCCCCGGCACUACUGUCAAGACUUCAUCAGGAGGAUGCUGCUGAGAGAGAAACCACUUCCAUUUUGAACCCCGAAACCCCACCCCCCACCCUAUUCUAAACACCCCCCACCCCCACCCCCACACAGGACAGGGAAGACAUGAUUCACAACAUGUGUACGUGAGAAAAAGAUGAAGUUGCCUGUAUUUGUACUGUACAUACUGUAGCCGCACUACCAAAAACAAAUAAAGCAUCCUUCUUGUCAUACUGUCCUGUUACUGGUGACUCAGCCCUGACCCCAACUCCAACCCAUCUCAGACCUCUCAGAGACUACUUUUAUUUGGUCCUCUGAAUGCAGGUUCAUGAGGUGUGUGUGUGUGUGUGUGUGUGUGUGUGUGUGUGUGUGUGUGUGUGUGUGUGUGUGUGUGUGUGUGUGUGUGUGUGUGUGUGUGUCUGUGUGUGUGUGUGUGUGUGUGUCUCUGCAUUCCUACAGCGAGGUUGGUAAAUGAAUCAGUUUCAUUAAGGUUUCUGUUUGUAUAGAUCUUUUCUGUUGUUUCUCUCUUCGCUCUGUGAUUAUGUUGCUGUUUUUAUCACCAUGUGUCCAUCAGCCAGUCUGUCCUCAUUUGAAGGUCUUUAUUUUUCUCACCAACCUCUGCACAGCAGUGUCUCACUGUCAGCAUCUAAAAUCUAGUGCAACAGUAUAUGUACAUAAACAAUAUGUAUAUAUAUGUAAGAUCUGAUUUGCAAGUUCUGUAGUGUUCAAUACAUUAUUGGGAUAGUCUUGACUCUUUCUCUGCAUUAAAUCUGUGGCUGAAAACAACUGUAAGUUUGUUGCUCAACAUGUAACAAUUCAACUUAAAAUAAAUAUUGUACUACCA